UUUCAGGAUAGUAACGUUAGAGCAGCAGCAGCAGCAGCGUGUCCUGUGAAGGCUGUGAAGGCACACGGAUAAACACACACACACAGGGUGCAGGACAGCGUCAGCAGCCUGAUUUCCGAAUGUAAUUUUACUGACGAGAACAGUAUAGAGAUGGACGAGCGGCAGGCAGUGUAAUUUCCUCAGGGACUGAAGAGGAUGGGAGCAGUACCCAGGUUUUGGAGAUGUCAUUCGGUCGACUCCUGCGACGCGCCUCCUCCAAAGCCUCUGACCUCUUGACCUUUAAUGCGGGGUCGGCGGGUUCUAGGUCCGUGCUGGACGGAGAGAUCAUCUUCUCCAAGAACAACGUGUGUGUGCACCCGGCUGAGCCGCUGCCCGGCCUGCCCGAACACCACCCAGGUUACCUGUGUGUUCACCUGGAGAAGGAUGAGACUCUUGGCUCCACCCUCAUUCUCACCUGGGUGCCUAACUCUCGUAUCCAGCGGCAGGACGAGGAGGCUCUGCGUUUCAUCACUCCAGAGAGCUCUCCAGUGCGCCGGAACCCGCGUCGUCGGCCCCGCCCUCCUCAGCACCGACCACCACCUGCCCCAGAGGAAGAGGAGGACGAGGAGGUGGGGGUGGAGCCCAGCCUGCAGCAGCUGCAGCUGGAGGAUGGAGAUGAAGGCUCGUGCGAGCUGUCUGCGGAUGAGGUGAGCCGGGACAGCACCCUGGGCUCCGACUCCGACACCUUCUCCUCACCCUUCUGCCUGUCCCCCGUCAGUGAGGCGCUUGGAGAAAGCAGCAGCUCUGUCUUCCUGGACAACGAGAGCAGAGAGAUGUGUGACGAGUCCAUGACCCACUCAGCCAGCUCCGCCUCCAGUCUGGACAGCCAUGCCCCCUCUGAGAGCAGCCAAUCGCAGGGCGUUCGGUGGGAAGAGCAGCAGAAGGUCCUGGCUCUAGAGCAGCUGUGUGGAGUGUUCAGAGUGGACCUCGGUCACAUGAGGUCACUACGACUCUUCUUCAGUGAUGAGGCAUGCACCUGUGGUCAGCUGGUCAUAGCCAGCAGAGAAAGUCAGUAUAAAAUCCUGCACUUCCACCAUGCUGGCCUGGACAAGCUGGCUGAAGUCUUUCAGCAGUGGAAGUGCUGCAGAGAGACGCAGCUCAAAGACCAGGUGGCGGAUGAGAAGUCAUGUAUGCAGUUCUCCAUCCGCAGACCGACUCUGCCCUCAACAGAGACCCACCCUGAGGAGCGGCUGUACCGCAGGCUGGAUGUCAGCUCCUGGCUCCGUCACCUCAACCACAGCGGCCAGGUGGAGGAGGAGUACAAGCUCAGGAAGGCAAUCUUUUUCGGAGGCAUUGACCCCUCUAUCCGGGGUGAGGUGUGGCCUUUCCUGCUGCACUACUACAGCUAUGACUCCACCUCAGAGGAGCGCGAGGCCUGGAGGCUGCAGAAACGCAGCGAGUAUCAGGAGAUCCAGCAGAGAAGGUUGUCGAUGAGUCCUGAAGAGCACAGUGAGUUCUGGAGGAAGGUACAGUUUACAGUAGAUAAGGAUGUGGUGAGGACUGACAGGAGCAACAUGUUCUUCAGAGGAGAGAACAACCCUAACGUGGAGAUCAUGAGGCGUAUCUUGUUGAACUAUGCAGUGUUUAAUCCGGAGAUGGGCUACUGUCAAGGCAUGUCUGACCUGGUGGCUCCUCUGCUGACCGAGAUCCAGGACGAGAGUGACACAUUCUGGUGCUUUGUGGGCUUGAUGGAGAACACUAUCUUCAUCAGCUCCCCCAGAGAUGAAGACAUGGAGAGACAGCUGAUGUAUCUGAGGGAGCUCCUGCGGCUGAUGUUGCCGCGGUUCCACCAGCACUUGAUGCGUUUGGGAGAGGAUGGGCUGCAGCUGCUAUUCUGUCACCGCUGGGUUCUGCUGUGCUUCAAGCGCGAGUUCCCCGACACUGAGGCCCUGCGUAUGUGGGAGGCCUGCUGGGCUCACUACCAGACGGACUACUUCCACCUCUUUCUAUGUGUGGCCAUCAUUAUGCUGUACGGUGAUGACGUCACAGAGCAGCAGCUUGCAACCGAUCAGAUGCUGCUGCAUUUUAGCAACCUCUCCAUGCACAUGAAUGGAGAACUGGUGCUGAGGAAGGCACGAAGUCUCCUCUAUCAAUUCCGACUGCUUCCCAGGAUCCCUUGCAGUCUGCAUGACCUGUGUAAGCUGUGCGGGCCGGGCAUGUGGGACAGCCGCUACAUCCCUGCUGUAGAAUGUUCCGGAGAGCACCCGGACUCUCAGAGCUGCCCCUAUGGAGGCACAGCCACCCCCCAACCCCCACCCUCCCCCAGCCAGCUCAACGAAAGCAAGCGCAGCUCGAAGGCACGGGACAUCUUCAACUUCCGCAAGCAAUCUUGACUGCAGCUGGGCUCAAGGACUACGCUACCCAUAAGGUCUAGCUACAGAGAUACCAUUUGCCAUGUACACGGGUGAAUGCUGGGAGAUGCAGUCCUCAGCGUCAUUAUUAGUUGACUAGGAGAUAUUUGCUAUCUAAUAUGAUAAUGGAACACUGCCUAAACCAAACACACCUAUUUAAAAGUGAUGGACGUUAUCAGCGUUAGAGGGGAGCCUCAUGAAUGCAGUGGAUGGAAUCUCUCUGUGUUUCAUUUCCAUUUAUUAAAUGGCAAGAUUCUGAAAGGGACUGGCAACCCAUAUGGAGGCACAGAAGGACUGGAUUAUGGAAUGGCAUCAAUAAUACACAAGUGCAGUCCUCGCAUACAAACAAGGAUUACAAUCUACUUCUUUACAAUCUUUCUUUUUGACAAAUCCAAUAUAUUGAUACUCUUUAUUACUAUUUUUCUUCUUUUUUAUUUCAGACAGUAUGCAUGUGUGAUUUAUGUGUGAGAGAGACAGCAACUUUCAGAUAUAGUGCUGAAUAUGAAUAAUUCUGCCAUCAGUAGUGGGCUUAAACUUGUUCAAUCAAACUUUGGGAAUAGCUGAUUGGUGCAUUUCACCAGUCAGUCAUCAUUUGGGAAAAAGUGUUGAUCAUUCCUAAUUCCAGAUCUCAUCAUAUAUUUGAAUACAGAGGACAUGAGACAGUUGCAUACAGUAGGAUGCCAUGUAGGCCGAUUUCUGUUAUCAAAGCAAUAUAUAUUGGAGAUUUUUUCAAGUAUUGAACAUACAUUGUAAACAAAAUGGAGCAAUACUUAUUUUUCCCACAUAUGCUUUUGCAUGCCUUAUUGUUCUCUAUUACUAACCAGUAAUCAUUAAGUAUAACUAUAAAAGGGAUAUUGGAAGAAAGAGGCAGCAAUAUUAUGACGUAGUGCUGUCGGUUCCUACCAUUUGAGCUUUGUGUGUUAAAAUCAUGAUUGUGGCAGAAGGUCUUAAUCCUCCUCAUAAUGCCUCUCAACACCGCAGGGGAGAAAAGCGCUCCAGUCCAAACCCAAGUGGGAGUUUGCCUAUAAUUAGUUAAUCUAGGGGCCAGCCGUUAGAUGAGCAGGAGUGUUUGGGAGGCUUUGGUCUGAGAGAUGGAUGGAGAACGAAAGAGAGAGAGAGAGGGCUAUAGAAGAUGGCCUGUGUCUUAAAGGUUCCCCAGAGCCCGUUUGAGAGCAGCCGGGAGAGCAGCUAUCCGCAAAUUGCCGUUAAAAGGUAACAUUAGUCUGCGGGACUCUCCACAUGCGGCCUCUGUAAACGACAUGCAUUACAGACCCUUUUCUUAACCAUUAGGCAUUCGGCUGGCUUCCUCAAAUAUCCAGCGAGCAAAGAGGCAUGGGCGAGCACUCGCAGAAGGGCUAAGAGAUGUUGCCAUAAUUGGAAGAUGAGCAAUGAGGGCCCAUAUUUCCACUGUCAUAACAAAACAAAACAGUAACUGUAGAACUGAGCAGAAAAUCUAUAAGAAAUUACACUGAAAAAGUAAUGAAUUGCCUUGAUUUAGGUGUGUACAUCAGUUCCACAUGAAUUUGUCUUGCAGAUUCCUUACUUUUAGGAAUAAUUGUGUAGUAUAUUUUAAUGUGGAGAUGACAUAAAUGAUUUUCUAUUUGUGUGCAUUCAUCAUGAAAUGGUCACACAAUAUAAAGGCACAGCAACAAUGUCUUUGUUUUUUAAACUACAGUACUGUGUGCAGAAGUCAGAGACCAUCCUCCAUUUAUUUUUCCAAUAAAAAUGGUCAUUAAGUACAAGUUAUUCAUUUUCUGUCAGGAAAAAAGUAGAAACAUAUGCAGACAAUUGUGCAAAACUCUCAACCACUAAAUGUUUUGUUUUUUUUUUUUUUCAGCAUUUAGUGUGUCCACCCUUCCCGUGGUCCAAGUAAUCCCAAACACAUUCAGUGAUGCCAAGGUCUGGCCAGUCAAUUGUUCUACCCAUUCUUUCAGACUCAUAGUGUUGUAGUCUUCUCACAGUGGAAGAAUGGACAGAAACAUCUAUGGAUUUUUUCAUAUCUGAAGCAAGAGUGGAACUUGAUUUUCCUGAUAGGGAAAGUUUUGGCAGUCUACCGCCUGUUAUUUGACUUGCUGUCACCUUUUCCCUUAUUUUCUUCCUUAUUCAAGUGGAUUAUGUCCUUGUCUAUCUCCUGGUCUCUGACUUUUGAACAGUACUGUAUGCCCCCCUGAAUUCUUAUUGACUCUCAUAGGCUUGGCUUCUUAGCAAAAUAUUAUCUAAGCAGCAGUUUAUUACGUAUGUUUAUCUUUUUAGCAGACAGACUAAUAUACUUAUUUGACUUUUUUUUUCUCCUUACGCAUCCUCCAACUCAAUGACGUCUCGAUUCUUAUCAGAUCUUGUUUCUAGUGCUGACUGCAGGAUAGAUGUUUAAUCAGAACGAUCAGGUUGAGCCAGAUUUGCAACUUUCUAAGCUGGUUUGUCAUGUACAAUAGAAACGUUGUCAAAUAGACUUCCAAAAUGCUGUGAGGUUAACUGCAUUCUUUGGCCUGUAGUGGAGAGGAAUGGGGACGUGGCCAUCCAAAUCCGUGAACUGUUGUCAUGCGUGACAGUUCUUUGGUAUUUUCUAUUACGUUGUUGGAGUUAUUUAGUAAUCCUUUAGUAAACCUCUUCUUUAAAGUUCAUACAUGUGCCCACACAUUCAAACACACACCUGCCCGCUUUGAAAACUGCAAUUCACAUUAAACUGCCAGACAUGCACGUUCGUUGGCUGGUGAAAUGUCAUCUAGAUAUGUGGCUAGCUGAGCCACCCACAAAACCUUGCUUUUCUUUUAGCUUUCUACCAAUCUGUGAGAACAUACACUACCAUUCACAAGGCCGAAGUCACUUUUCAGUAGUUAAAGAUAUAUAAAGAUACAGUCAGUAGUUAAAGAUACAUAAGUUUCCUAAUAUUAUGUAGGAAGCUAUGAAAAAAUGUAGGUGUGUCUAGAACAUUGACAGUGAGAGUGACAUUAUGGUAAAAUUAAUGUCCAGAGUGCCACGUAUUUGAAAAGUGAUGAUUAAAUCUCGAGGCAUAUAACCUAUCAAGAAGUUACUAUAAAUACAUAAUUACAGUGUUAUUAAAUAAGUUCUUGCCCCCACAAACACUUGAAUAUUCGAGUAAGACCUCUUGAAAAACCUUCUGGCAUCUAGCUUAAAGUAUUUCAAUCUACACUGUAAAAGUAAUAGUUGAAUAAAGUGACAUCAGUUAUUAAUGAUAAAAAAAUAAUUCCAAAUUUUUUAACGCCAAAAAAGAUCACUUAAGGUUUCUGGAACAAGCAAUGUCAUAGAAAAAAACUGCUUUUGGUUCUCUAAAGCAGGACUUCUCAACCUUUUCCACCUAUUUAUCCAUAAAAAGCGUUUCUGAACAUAAAAUUUUAACAUUAGCACAAACGUUCAUGUAUUUUAUGUUCAAUGUAAAGUAGAUUUAUACCUAUAAUCAGGCAGAAUGGUGGCAAAUUAAGCUACAUUUUUAAUUUGCAAGUGGAGGAUUGAUACUUUUGAGCACAAUCAAGGGGCAAAAAACAGAUGAAGCUGCUUUGUGCGCCAUUGUUGGGCUCGUAUUAAUGUUGUUUACUAUUUAAAAACAUUAGAUUUCUUUUCAAAACAUUCACUGAUUUUCACGACAAAGUGCCAUCACCAGCUCAACACAAACCACUGGCUCCUACUCGGUAUUAGCCGAAGGACCACCAGAGGGUGCUUCCUGGCCCACCUGUGAUCCAUGGCCCAGUGGUUGAGAAACCCUGCCCUAAAGAACCUUUAAAGGUGUGGUUGAUUUACCACCAACACUGUACUUAGUGAAAGAAUGAAAAACCUGUUGACUCAAAACACAUUGCCAAUUAACUUGCAUUGUAAGUAUGUUUUGAAAGGUUGUUUAGGAAACCAAAAGUGGUUCUUGUGUGGCAUCAAACCAAAGAACCCUUUAGGCACGUUUGGUUUUAAGAGUAUUCACUUAAUAAAAGUAAACGUUCCUAAAUGGUUCUUGGCUUGGACAGAGUUCUAAAUGGUACAGAACCUUUACAUGAUAUUGAGUUCUUUAACAUUUAAAAAGGUUCUUCAGUUCUUGCAGAUCUCAUUAACAAAAAUAGUUCCCUAAAAUCUCAUUGGUUCAUCUGCAGUGCUUUUUCUGAGGCAUCUCUCCACCUUUAUUGUAUACACUUGCAAAUUGAAGGUUCCUAAAUGGUUCUUGUUUUGAACCUAGAGUUCUAGGAAAAAAAAAAUCUUUAACAUUUAUGUGGAGGUUUUUUAACUUGUGACACUGCACCAUUUCAGCACCUUUAUUUUUAAGAGUGUUGCAGGAUCGUAGCAGCUCCACCUGUGAAAGCGUCCUCAGGCUCACUGCUGUCUCUGUGUGACAGCAGUCUAAGCUCGUGCUUCAAGCAUCUGAUCGAUUUCCUGCAUCAGAGUCAGUGGUUUUCCACAGAAGCGAAUCGCAUUACUGCACGAUGAAAAAAAAACAUAACAAUAUAAAAGAAUAACUUGCCACUUCAAAUCCGCCAUCGCUGUUUUUCCUGAGGACAUUCCUCCCUUUAUCUGCUCCCGUAAGGAUAAGAGAGAUAAUUGUUUUAUUUUGUAGCUGAGCAAUUAUACGUGCUGUGUGCAGAGAGCGGGAUCAGAACGGCACAGUGAAACGGAGAAUAGCUGCUUAUGUACUGUUUUUGUAUGGUGCUGUUUAAAUAUGCGGUUAAACUGCAAGGUCUGUACAGAGAUAGAGGUUAAAAACAGUCACGUACAAACCUCAAGACGACUCCUAUCUCAAAACCAUCUCAGAUAUGAUGAGAACACCACUGUGUUUGUGUGUAUGUGUGAGUGUAGAGGUGCGUGCAUGUGAGUGUGUGUAAGAGUGAAUGUGUGUAUAUUUGUAUGCACACUCCAUAGCCACUUUAUUAGAAACACCUACUUUGCAUCUGCACACUUUUUUUUACUGCUUUAUCAGGUCCUCUUGCUGUAUGAGUGUAAGAGUGCUUGUGUGUGAUUGUAAAGACACACCAAGCGCAAUGUAUUCAGAUGUCAGUUAGACCUGUUACAAUUAUUACGUACUUGCCUGACUGCAAAUAUUUAAACAAACCGCAAACAUUUUCCACAGUUGUUUGCUUUCGCAAUCAUAUGUUUGUGUCAUAACAAACAGAAUGUGAAUUGAGUGCACUUUCAUUCAUUGGGCUGAGGCAACAUGUAACUCUGCUUGUCUAAACUGGUAACUGUACAGGACAAAAAUGCUCUAUACUUUUAAUGUAAGUGAAUGUAAAGAGAUUUUAUUCCAAGCGAUUUUGGAGCGUUUUGAUUGAUCCAAUUAUUAUGAGUCUCUUAGAUAGGGUGAAGGGCAGCUGCUGUGUUCAAAUGAUGUAAAAAAAAAAAAAGUAUUAAAAUAAUCAUAUAAAUUUAGCUACUACGCUAGAAAACAAGAGAGCUAAUUAGCCACUUUAACCAUGUACUUUAAUAUUACCUACAAUGAACAAAAAGACAAAUCUUUAAUUGCAAUUAGGGAUAUGGCAAUUAAUCUUCAGCCACAUUUUAUGAUCUUGACAGGCCUAAUGUCAAUAAAUCAAUUCAGAUACAUGUAUAACUGAUGGUAUAUUAAAACACUAAAAACGGUUUUUCAUGAGGCGAAAAUGUGAUGUGUUUUUGUCACCCUCUGUCCAUUUUUUGUGAACCUUCACUGGCAAUGUGAACUCACUGACCAAUCACUGUCACCUCUGGUGUUGGCAUUGCGACAACCAACGUGACAGAUCAGCAACUACAACUUUUUCACAAAUGUAAAAAGGAUUAGUUUGUACUCUCCUUUGCUCCUUCCAAAAUAUCCCACUUUGUGAGUAGCAAAGUAUAUCCUUUUGCAAUUUGUGUUUGUUCAUUCACAAAA